AUGGCCGACCGCGGCGGUCCUUCCGAAGCGCCCAGCCCGCGGGGCUCUCCCCGGCCGGAGCCUCGGGCCCCGCGGGUAGCCGGGCCGGGCGAGACCCCGCGAACCGCGGCGCUGGCGCUGCGCUUCGAUAAGCCCAUCAAACAGGCUUUCUACAACACGGGCGCGGUGCUGUUCGUGUGCCUGUGCUGCGGGGCGGCGGUGCUUGUGUACUUCAUCCUCGAGGCCUUCCUGCGGCCGCUGCUCUGGGCCGUGCUGUGCGGCACCUUCCUGCACCCGUUCAAGAGCUCGCUCACGCGCCUGGGCCGCCUGUGGCUGCGGCGCCUGCACCGCGCGCACACGCCCAUCGUGCUGGCCGCGCUGCUGCUGCCGCUCUGCUUCGCCGACUACGGCGUCGAGGCCCUGGGCGAGCAGGCGCUGCGCCGCCGUCGCCUGCUGCUGCUGCUGGGCGCGGGUGGCCCUCUGCUCUACGGUCUCUACUGCCUGGGCAGCUACCUGGGCGUACAGGUGCUGCUGGCGCACGCGGGCGCGCUCAUCUGCCGGGGCCUCGACUACUUCAGCAGCCUGUGGAUCUGGACAUUGGUAGUUGGCUAUGUGCUGAUGGUUUCAUUCAAGUGGAAUGCAAACACUGAACGCUACUUGAGAGCAGUUUCGAUUCCUGUCUGGAUGAUACUGCUUUUUCAUAUAGCAUCACUGGCUGGCUCAUGGAGAAUUCCAGUAUUCCUGGUUAUUGUUUUCCUGAUGUCUGUGGGCACCCUUUAUGAAAAACAGAAUGAGAAGGAGUCUGCUGGGGCAGAGUUACCUGGACAAGUGAUCUCCAUGGCAGCUUCUACUCUCGCAAACUUGGCCAUCUCCAUCACAGGGUAUGAAUCAAGUGGUGAAGACCAGCCCUCCACUCACCCUGCAGAGCCCACGGACAGGGGAGAGCCUCCCCCAGCAGUGUCUGCUUCCUCUUCAUCCUCCUCCCGUUCCUCGCCCUCUUCUCCUUCACCUACUUUGGGCAGACAGAGGCCUGAGAUGGGGACAUUUCUCAGGAAGAAGAAAACCAGCGACAUUUACUUCGUGUCUCUCGUGUGGGCCAUUAUUGCUGUCCAGCUCUGGCUGAAUCUGUGGAUCGUGCAGCUGCUGCCCGUGCCUGUUGCAGUCUGGAUAAUCAAAAAGCUCGUGAUUCACUUUGGAGUGGUGGGCUUCCUGGAGAAACGCUGCCGUGUGUGGUGGCAGGUUAUCGAGUGCUUCCUGAAGGAGCGGCAGGAGGCUUUAGCACCAUGGCCAAUUAUCGGGCUUGGAAAGUUCUUACUAAAAGUUGAUAGUAAGAUGAUCAUCUGGCUGGAGAAGAUGUUAGAUAAAAUUAUUAGCAUAUUCAUCAUAUUCUUGCUAGUAAUAGGAACCCUUCUUUUAGCCCUUCUCCUGACUGCAAAGGUACAUCAAGAAAGUGUACACAUGAUUGAAGUCACAAGUAAUCUGAUUAAUGAAACUCUAGCAAAUCACCCAGAGUGGGCAAAUUGGCUUCCUGAGGCUCAGGUGGUCCAAAGAGCCCUCAAUUCUGCAGCUAACAAUGUGUAUCAGUAUGGACGGGAAUGGAUAACCCACAAGCUUCACAAAAUUCUAGGAGAUAAAGUGAACAAUACAGCUGUGAUUGAGAAGCAAGUUCUGGAGCUGUGGGACAGACUCUAUCACUCUUGGUUUGUAAAGAACGUGACACACUCUGGAAGGCACAAAGGGCACAAGAUGCAUGUGAGUCGUCAGAACAGCUGGCUGGGAGAUAUUCUGGACUGGCAAGAUAUUGCCUCCUUCGUUCAUGAGAACAUUGAAACGUUUCUUUCGAUAUUAUCUUUUGGCUUCCAAAUAUGGAAGAUGAAGAUCUUGGAGUCCCUGUGGAUUGUUAUGAGCCGGAACGUGAGCCUGCUGUUUACCACGGUUACCACGCUGCUGACCAUCCUCUUCUACAGUGGCACUGCCCUUCUCAACUUCGUGCUUUCCCUGAUAAUUUUCCUGACCACACUGUUUUAUCUGUUAAGUUCCAGUGAUGAGUACUACAAGCCAGUGAAGUGGGUGAUAAGCCUGACACCACUGUCUCAGCCAGGUCCUUCUUCUAAUAUUAUUGGCCAGUCUGUGGAAGAAGCUAUCAGAGGAGUAUUCGAUGCUUCCCUGAAAAUGGCUGGCUUCUAUGGAUUGUAUACCUGGCUGACUCACACUAUAUUUGGCAUCAAUAUUGUCUUCAUACCAUCAGCUUUGGCAGCAAUCCUUGGAGCAGUGCCAUUUCUGGGGACAUACUGGGCAGCAGUACCUGCAGUUCUAGACCUGUGGCUGACACAAGGCUUAGGAUGUAAGGCCAUCUUGCUCCUGGUCUUUCAUCUCUUGCCGACAUACUUCGUAGAUACUGCAAUCUACUCUGACAUUUCAGGAGGAGGCCAUCCUUACCUGACGGGCUUAGCCGUGGCAGGCGGAGCGUACUACCUGGGCCUGGAAGGAGCAAUCAUCGGGCCCAUACUUCUCUGCAUCCUUGUGGUUGCUUCCAAUAUCUACAGUGCCAUGCUAGUGAGUCCUACGAAUUCAGUGCCCACACCAAACCAGACACCUUGGCCUGCUCAGACUCAGCGGACUUUCCGUGACAUCUCUGAAGAUCUGAAAUCUUCAGGAGAUUGACAUGGCUUCACUGCAGUGACUUCUCUGGGGAGUUCCACCUCGACAGCGAAUUCUCCAGUUGUGGCCUCUGUCCUGUCAACUGUGUCUGGCAGGCAAGGGGCACCCAGAAAAGAAGCAGAAGCCUCCCAGCCUUACAUGCAGAACACCAAGUGAGGAGCACUUGCUCUAGGCUGCUUUGCGUUUUAAAACACAGCUUGAGUUGAACACUGUGUUAGCUCACAGCUCAUGCUAAGAUGGCUUGAAAAGGUGCAGUUCAUGCACUGGUACCAAGGCUUGAAAUUGCCCUCACUGAUUGCCUACUGCAGUGUGUAUUUAUUAAGUUACCGUAAGGGUUCCAAGAUACCUGCUAUUGAAAGUGUAUUAAGUGUAAUUUUCUUCCUGCCUUAGGAGUUCUCAGCCCCUUUUCAGUGAUGAGGCUUUUACUUGGAGUAGGCUUAGUAAGCAGGAAAAUGAGUCUGAUUCCCUUUUAGAAUAACAUCAUCCCCUUCUUGGAG